AAAAAAACUUUAGACAAUUUAUCAGGAUGUAAAUAUAAGCUUUAUUUGUUUUAUUCUGAUAAUUUUCCACAAACAGACAGGACAGAACUCAAAUGUUCCUGCAAGUUUAAUCUGUUUUUAUUUGAUUUAAACUCCCAAUAACUUUUUAUUACUCGUGUUUUCUUCAUUUAAACCACCUUCAAGCACAUUUUACAGCUGUGGAUGAGUUUUAUUCAGUAGAAAAAGAUGUGAAAGCAGCAGAAUUGAGCUGUUUUCGCAGGAAUGUCUGACUUCAGGAAGCCCUUCCUUCAUGCAGCUGUGACCUCCGUCCGCUGAGGGAUCAAUAAAUAAGUGUGCUGUUGAUUUAAAGCUGCCGUAGGCCUUUAUUAGGGACUAAUCUGCUCCUGAAAAGCUUUUUUCUCCCCGCUGCUUCCGACACUGCGAGCUUCAUCUGCAUCACAACACUUACAGAUUAAACUAAUAGCAUUAGUGGCUCUCACCGGCUCCUUAUUGUCGUUAUUGUUCUGAGUUUGAAUUCUGCAGAACGGCUGUGUUUUUAGAGUGGAAACUCAUUUUCUACUUUGGUAAUUCAGAAGAAAAGGAUGAAGUUUUUUUUUUGUUUUUGUCUCGUUGCUGUCUGCAUCACACACUCCUGCAGCGUGCGCCAUCAGGGAGAAAACAAGUUCAGACGUUUUUUCUUUAUUUAGUCCUUUUAAAAAAGGCAGAGGGUAAAAUAUUCAUUUACUCAGCAGAGCAGCCAAUUAUCAGAGAUUAGCUCGUCAUUCUCAUGGAAAAAGACUCCUCGGUUCUAAUUGGAGGCCCGUCAGAAUCCUCCACUCCCAUUUAAAACCAGCAGAGCCCAGUUUGUGGUCCUGCUGAUCCAGGUCAGGUUUCCUUGCAGCAGCAGAGUGUUUCCUGCUCAUCCAUCAGAGCCCACUGCCAUGGAGGGGACCCUGCCGGCCUUUUACAUCCAACAGAUUCUGGGUUUGGACCAGAAACACGAGACGAGCCGCAAACUCCACCAACCCUGGACAGAACUUGGGUCAGAACAGAACCGAGAAAACCGGUUCUGCUCCAAACAACAGAACUCAGUCAGACCCACAUCCAGCUGGUAUGUUGGGCGAAGACCCCGUACUGCCUUCACCAGCAGACAGGUCAGCACCCUGCAGUCGGUGUUUCAGGUGAACUGUUAUCCAGGUAUCCAGCUGAGGGAGCAGCUGGCGGGACAGCUGGACCUGGACGAGGACCGGAUCCAGAUCUGGUUCCAGAACCGGCGGGCCAAACUGAGACGUUCCCUCAGAGAGACCCGGCUGCAGCUGGUCCAGACGGACCUCAGGGCGAGGGCCGAGGUCGAGGGUCACCUGAAGGUCAAACAGGAAGCGCCAGGUGAGACCGCCCAGCAGCCUGAAGACGAGGAAGAGGAGGAGUGACCCAGAUGAAGGCCUCCCUGUCUGGAGGAUGGUUUUUGUCGAUUUGCUUCAUUUUUUUUCUUCAUUUGUUUUCUGUCUUUUCAAUUCUGGUUUAUAAGACAAUUUAGAAAAAUAAAAAAAGUUUAAUAAAGUUACAGUUUGAUACUUUAAACAUACAGAUUGAGUUCUAUUUCAUUUAUUUUUAGUUAGUUUGUUUUUAGCUGAUUGAAUAUAUUUAUUGUUUUUGAAUAUCAGGAGUUAUUAUUAAAGUAUUAAAUUUUAAUUUCAAAAAGACAUCUGAUUGAAUAAAACUGGCUCCUAAACUGUGUAAUAAGAAUAUUU